AUGUAUAAAGAUGAAAUUGUUGCUGAUCAGCAUUUAAUUCUAGAAGACAUAAUCAAUGAAUAAUAACCUUAGAAAUUUCAUGAAUAUGAAUAAUUCAAUGACAUUGAAGAAUUAUUAAUAGGAAGACCAAGUCUUGUAAAGGAUUAAUAGAUAUAACCAAAAAUUUCAAUUUAACCCGAAAUAUAGGUUGAAAAUUAGUAUACUAAUGAUGAGAUUGAUAAACUAUUACAUUAAUUCAUAUUAGGAGAAUAUCCUACUAGUAAUAGAGAAAGUAUUAAGUAAACUGAGCAGAUUAAACAUAUUCCAUACAUCUUAGAUUACGUGGAUUAAUUAGAAAAAGAACCUUAUUUAGUGACUUAAAAAGAAAUUGAGGAUUCUGAUUUAAUGCAACAUUAUGAGAGUUAAAAACAAGCUAAUAAUACAUUUUAAGAAGUUAAAAUGGAUCGUAAACUAAAAGAUCUUUAUUCUUCAAUAUUUUAAAAUGACUUUAGAAUUAAAUGCAUUACAUGUUUUGGUACAACAAUUGCAAUAGGAACAACAAAAGGGUUUAUUUAUUUAAUUAGUGAUAAAAUAGUAAAAUUAGAAUCAGAUCCUAGUAUUACUAUAUGCCCUAUCAUAUGUUUAAGAUUCAAUGAGGAUGGACAAUUUUUGAUUGCUAUCUCUUAAUAGUAAAUUCUAUUAUACAAUAAGAAUAAAUUUUGUAAAGCUUUUUAAAAAAUGACUGAAGGUAUACCUAUUACUAUGAAUAUGUUAAUUGGAAAUAAAGAUUUUGUAUGUUAAUUCUUAGUUUGUGAUUCACUUGGUAAAGUUAAUUUAAUGAAAAUAAGAAAGAAUUUGUUUGCUUAUGGAAUAGAAAAGAAUCCACUUCUAAAUGAUACUACUUUUGGAAUUUGUCAUUGUUGUGAAUCUAUGAGAAAUAAAGAUGUAUAAAUUGUUGUAUUUGUAUAUAAAAAUACGGUUUUAAUUGCCAUUGUUGAACCUAAAAUAUUUUUAGUUUUUAAAAAAUCUUAUGAAGUUAAAAAACGUUAACUUUUAUGUGCAAAAUGGUAAAUUGAAAGUGAAUAACCUAUAUUAGCUGUUAGCAAUGGUAAAGACAUUGAAAUCUUAAAAAUGAAUUACGAAAAUAAGGAUGGAAGAUUUAUUACUAAUUUUGAAUUACUUUAUACAUAUACUUUAAAUGAUGAUAUUUAAUUUUUAGCUUGGAUGAGUGAUAAUAUUUUAAUAUUAAAAAAUGAUCGUAAGAAGUAUUCUUUAGUAGCUAUUUCAGAGAUUGCUGAUAACAAUGUUUUAGUUGUUUAAUCAUAAUUAUAAUAUGAUGUUGCUGAUUAAUAAAUAGGUGAUGAUAAAAUUUAAUCAUUUUAAAAUACAAUUUGUUAAAAUCAUAAUCAAUUAUAUUAUAUUUAAAUUGAAGAGAAUGGGCAUUAAUAAUAAAAUAUUAUACAUUAUUAAUUAAUAACCUGGUAAGAUUAUAUUGAAUAAUUGAUAUCUAAUCUUAUGUGGACAGAAUGUAUGGGUUUAUGUUUAUAUUUAUAUUUGGGAAAAUAAUUAAAAUUUGCUGGGUUACCAAGAAAUGGUAGAUAAGAAUUCUUAAGACCUUAUUUUAAUGAAAGACUUAAAUAAUUUGUUGAAAUUAGUAUUUCUCAUAAAACUAUCGGUGAUCUUAUUCCAACAGUCAUUGAAUUUAUGGUUACAAUUGAAUCAUACUAAUAUUUAUUUAGAGAAAUUAAAUCUAUUCUUAAAAACAAUAAUUUAGAAUUGUAGUUCUAUAAUUGUUUAGAACCAUUUAUAUUAAAGAAUACUAUUAAAUUUAUUCCUGAUGAUACUUUGAAAGAUAUUAUGAUAUAUUUAAUCAACUAAAAGAGCAAAUUAAAUAUUUUGAAAUAGUUAAUUAUUAAUUUAGAUAUAAAAUUGUUGGAUCCAAUCAUAGUCUAAUAAUUAUGUAUAGAAAAUAAUCUAUUUACACUUUUAAUUUACAUAUCUCCAAGGGUUGAUGAAGAUUAUAAAACCCCUCUAUUCAAAAUGUAUGCAGUAUUUAGAUAAUUGGUUAAAGGAGAUUAAUCAUCUUUAGAGAAGUAUUUCAAAUCAAUUUAAAUGGAAAUGACUAACAAUAAAUAGAUGAUAGAUAAAGAGAUCUAAUUGUUAGGUUAUAAAUGUUUAUGGAAUCUUCAUAUGUUAUUGAUUGGAGAAUUAUUUCCAUAAUAAAAAAUUCCAGAGGAACAAUGGGCUUCUAUUUUAGCUGAAAUCCUAUCAUGGUUACUACAAUAUGAUACUCUAGAAGAAUUUCUUAAAAUUGAUGCUCCUAUUUUUUUAAAUGAACUAUUAAUCAUAUUUACAGAGAAGGAUAAAUAUGAAUAACUUUAAUAACUUAAAAUUACUAUUGCAGGAGAUUAAUUAUAAGUGGAUGAUCUAACUUUAUCCGAAAUUAUUGUUCUAUUGUUAGAAGCAUCAUCAAAGAUAUUAAACAUUGAAAAUUAAAUAAGCACAUUUGUUUAUGAAAUAAUGAAAUUAGGAUAUAAGAUUAAAUAUGAACACUUUUUAAAUGUUCUUAAAUUCCACUUUAAGGAUCCUUAUGUAACUUUAUAAACAUUAGUUGAAAAAAGUAAUCUAAGAUUUCAAAAUCUUGAGUAUUUAAAGCAAUAGGAUAUUAAUAGAAAUAUUAGAGAUUCUGUUUUUAUUGACUAUAUAAAUCAGUUUAAAUAGAGAUUAAUAAAUGAUUAAGAAACAAUUUCUAUAUUAAUACAGGAAUCCUCUUGUUCUGAAGUUUAAUCAAUUAGAGUAAAAUCCUAAUUAUAUUUUAUAAAAGAUUAAUGGCAAUUUUGUUUAUAAGGUUUGUUGACUUCAAAUUCUGAAGAAGACAAAGUAAGUGUAUAUAUAAUUUAUAUAGAUAUUCAUAUUUGAUUAUAUUGAGUAGAUGAUAAAUUUAAAUUAGUAUUGUAAAGUUAGAAAUGAAAUUUUAUAAUAUGUAUUGAGCAUAGUUCCAUAAUUGGUAAGAGUAAAUGAUGAUUAUGUUAUAGGUAAGUAUUUGUGCAGAGAAAUUACGAAAGAUACUUUAAUAUUAUAAUGAAGAGGAUUAUAAGAUAGCCAUAGAAAUGUUGGAUAGUCAUCCAGAUUUAAAAUUGAAAUUACUUUCAGAGAUUAUUUAAGAGAAAAGAAAUAAUAAGUUAUUAGUUGAAGAUAAAUUAAUGAUUUCCUUUUUUAAAUUAAUAUGUUAAUAUCAUCAAAAAGAUGCAUAUGAAUAAUUAUAACACGGAGAUUUCCCUUAAGAUGAAUGUUUAAAGCUAUGUUAGGAAUACAAAAUAAUGAAAGGGGUAGCAUUUUUAAAGGAAAGAAGUGGACGUUAUAUGGAAGCUUUGAAUUUGUAUUUUGAUGUAAUUUAUAUAUACUAAUUAUUGAUUAGAUUAUAAGUACUGAAUUAAAGAAGAUGUAAGUAAUUGAAUAUGAUUAACAAAGUUAAAUAGAGUAGAUUUAAAUUUUAAUUUUACCAUGCUUAAAAAUCUGUAGAGAUAAUAAUUCAAAUGAAGAAGACAGUACUAAUUAUUGGUUUACUCUUGUUAUUCGAAUGGUUUAAUUAAGGGAAGAAUUUAAAUAUAAUAAGGAUAUCUUUAAAUCCUUGAAUAAUGUAUAUUAAGUGAUGCUGGAAGAAUUGUUAGAAAGAGUUCAUCUUUACUAAAUAAUUAUAAAUAUAAAAAUAUUAUUUGGAUCUUUUACUCAUUUAGAAGAGUUGAGAAGAUCAUUUAGUAAAUUAUUGUCUUCUUGUUCUUUUGAACUCUAUAAUUAAUAGUAAUUAAUAAAAGUACUAUAAAUGGAUUAUAUGAAAAAUUUAAUGAGUUUAUAUAAUUUACAAUAGAUUGGUGUUAAUUUCAAUCCAUAAUGUUAAACUUGCUUUGAAAUUAGAAAUUAAUAAAUAUUGGCUUUUAUGGGAUGUAGUCAUCUUUAUCAUCUUGGCUGUGCCCCAAAAAUUCAAAAUAUGAUUGUUUGUGAAUAAUGUUUAAAUCAGAAUUCAUAUAAAUGUAUAUAUAUUAAAUAGAAUAGUGAGAAUACAACUAGAUUCAGUAGUUUAUAAAAAUGGAAGAUAAAUCCCUACUAUAAAGAUGAAAGCUUAAGAUUAGACUGAGGAUGACGAAAUGACAAAGGAUGAAAUUAGAAUGAAUAGAAUAAAUAAAUGGAAAAGAUAUGACAUUGAAAAUGAAAUUAGUGAAUAAUAAUAUUACUGA